AUGUCUCAAACGAGCGACGUCGUUAUCAAAGAAAUCGAGCUCCAAAGAGGAAAUGAGGGGCUCGGGUUCAAUAUAAGGGGCGGUAACGACCAACCCUACAUUGUCGGCGACAACGGGAUCUUUGUAUCUCGGGUUAGGGACACCGGCGCCGCUUUCAAUUCCGGACUUCUUGCUGCUGGCGACAAAAUCUUGGAAGUCAAUGGGGUCGACUUAACCGACGUUGAUCACCAACAAGCCGUGCAAAUCUUCCUCAGCACCGUGGAAAACAGCGUCGUGCGAUUAAAAAUCGUUAAAAAUGCCUAUCAAGAGAUCCAAAACAGAAAAGUACAAGAGGAGGAAAGCGCCUCUUCGAAAAAGAAGUGGAUCAUUCUAGCGGGUCUGCUAGCCGCUGGAGUUGGAGGCUACUUCAUCUUCAAGCGCUAUCAGCGACGCUAG